AUCUGGAGUUCCGUUGCGGAACUAUUGAUUCCGCAGUGCUGUUCUUUUCCGAGUCUUUCCUGGAUGGAUAUUAGGUCGUCAGCGUCUUGGUGCUUAAAGGCCUGCAUCUCGUCUUUCUUCAACACUGAGCGACUACCGCGGAUCAACCAAGAAAGGAAAAAAUGGCAACCAUCCCAGCUGUUUCCCUAGGUAUCAACCCUGGCACCAGGGCGGCAUUUUCACAUAGUCCCAAGUCAGCAGCCGGGCAUGUGGAUCACGUUGAGGACAUCGCUGCUGCGGGUCAAGACACGGAGCCGAAAAGCCGCCUCGGGCUCAGGAAUGUCGAAACCGAAGCAUACGUGGUGGAGCACGUCAAGGCCGGAUUCAAACUGGUCCCGAUCGUCCUCGAUGAGGUCCGACCAGAUGAGGUGCUGGUUGAGAUGAAGUACAGCGGAGUCUGUCAUACGGAUAUCGUGAUGCAGCAAGGCGGCCUCCCGUUUGUCGACUUCCCCGCCAUUUUCGGCCACGAGGGCGCCGGCAUCGUCCGCGACAUUGGUCGAGACGUCAAGAUCAAGGACCUCCAGGUCGGCGACGCCGUCCUCCUGUCUUUCAACAGUUGUGGGACGUGCAAGACCUGCGAGAGUGGGCACUGCGCGUGGUGUCCGGACUCGACAACGAUCAACGUCAACUCGGUGCGCACCGGCGACCGCAGCACCCCAGCCCGCCUCGCCUCCGACGGUCGCGCCGUCCGGAGCCAGUUCUUCGGCCAGUCGUCCUUUAGCAGGAUGUCCGUCGUCAACGAGAAGUCGGUCGUUCGGUGUCCCCCUUCGGCCGUCGAGCACAUGGGCGUCUACGCCCCGCUCGGGUGCGGACUCCAGACCGGAGCCGGAACCGUUCUGAACGUCGUCAAGCCGGGAAAGGAGGAUUCCAUCGUCAUUUUCGGACUCGGCAGCGUGGGUCUGGCGGCGCUGAUGGCGGCCCGCUCCCUCGAAACCGGCCAGAUCGUGGCCGUCGACAUCGUCCCAGAACGUCUAGAACUCGCGAGGGAACUGGGAGCGACGCAUACCAUCGACUCCAGAAACAGUCUCAACGUGGUUAAGGAUAUCAGAGAUGUUACCGGAGGAGGCCCGACGUUUGCCUUGGACUGCACUGGCGUCCUCAGAGUUAUCGAAGACAUGAUUGCGUGCGUUGGCCCGAUGGGCACCGCCGUUCAGGUCGGCGUCCCGCCGCCUGGUGUUGAGAUCAAACUAGACCCGCAAGAAUUCUUGUUAGCCAACAAGAAAUAUAUCGGCGUGAUCGAAGGGGACGCGAACCCUUCCGAUUUCAUCCCGAGGCUCAUUGCCAUGCACCAAAACGGCAAAUUUCCCAUUGACAGGCUGGCCAAGUUCUAUCCAGCCGCAGAACUGAACCAAGCCAUGCGAGACAUGGCUUCGGGCAAGGUUAUCAAGCCCGUUAUUCAAUGGAGCUAGGCUGCCCCUCACCUCUUGGUUGAUGAGAGCAGCAUAGUCACUUGGGGGCUGUAAACUAAAGGGUCUCAAAAUGGUGGCUGAAAUCCACGGGUUUUGACAGUGCUAAAUCAUCCGUAUGUAAGUAUUCUGGUGUGCGGUUGGUUCCGCAAUUGAUUUUGUCUUUUUCGGUGCAUCUCACUCGAUUCUGGUGAUCUUGGUCUCAACAUGUACAAAAUGAGGCUGCGUCACUGGUACUGUCUUCGUUCAAUACCUCAGCAUCCCUUCGCAACGGAAAGAUGAGAAUGUAAAUCCCCU